AUGUGGCAUUGUAUGUAUAAAGCAUGUCCUUGUGUUUUUCCUCGUAAAGAGUAUCAAACACCAUUUGACAACUACUAUGAAGACGAUGACAACGUAGAGUUUGAGAAUUUAUUGGCAGAUCCUGAUUCCAUACCAGCUCGUCUCUCCCGGUCGCCUUUCCAACGAAGUAAUUCACAAGGUUAUUUAAGAAUAAACAGUAUGGUAGCGCCUGAUGAAGAGACUUCUUUGCCUUCAGGUCAUUUCGAUACUUUGUUGGAGGAUGACGAAGAAGAUAAUAUACAAACUGCUGACGCACAAUUUUUACCCGACGAACAAAUUAAUAAAAUAACAGAAGAGGAGGAAGAAACUAGACUUCAAGAAGAAGAAUAUAACAAGAAAAGACAAGCUGCUAAACAAGCUGCAUUAGCUAAAGGUUUAAUGACAUCUGAACAAGCAGUCAACCACCCAUUCCAAAGAUGCUCAAACUACGAUCGACGAUCCCCUGACUCGUUAUUCAAACGACGUCACUCAAGGAGAAGUUUAGCAAUGAUGAAUGACGGGAUUCAGAAAGUGGAUAUCUCUUCAUCUUUAUCGUUUAAUAUCCCAACAACACAACAAUCUUUUGAUUAUGAUGCUACGAUAGAAGAUUAUAGUCCUUCAUUAGACGAGGACAUAGAAGAAAAAAUGAAUGAUAUUAGCAGCUACCAAGAAGGUUCCAUAGUUCGUGUUUCUUUAAAGAACUUUGUAACAUAUGAUUCAGUAGAAUUUAAUCCUGGGCCAAAUCUUAAUAUGAUUAUUGGACCUAAUGGAACUGGUAAAAGUACUAUAGUUUGUGCCAUUGCCCUUGGUUUGGGCUGGAAUACCUCGCUCCUUGGACGUGCAAAAGACAUUUCAGAUUUUAUAAAACAUGGACAAGAUCGUGCCUCGAUAGAAAUUGAGUUGAAAUGCAAGGACGAUAAUGUGGUGGUAACGCGUCUUCUCACAAAGGUUGAUAAUAAAACUCUAUGGAAGUUAAAUGGUGAGAAAACCACACUUAAAAAUAUUCAGAGUACGGUCGAGUCUCUCAAUAUACAAAUGAAACCACCAGAAUUAUUGGUACAAACUCAAAAGGCAGUUGGAGAAAAAGAAUUAUUAGAGUGUCAUGAAUCGUUGAUUAAACUUAGAGAAAAACAAAAGAAAAUAUCAUCAGAAUCAAACGUUGAUAAAGAUGAGCUUGAAAAUCUGGAGAAAAGAAAUGCAAUCCUAGAAAGGGAUGUAAUACGUUUCAGAGAAAGAGAAGUGAUUCUAAAAAAGGAACAACUUUCGCUUAAAUUACGUGAUUUAAAUGAUAAUCUCGAUAAUAAUUCGUAUAAACAAGAUGAUCUCAACAGAGAAAUAUCACCUAUUCAAGGGCACAUUAGAAGUUUGCACAAUAAAUUAGAACGAAUUAAUGAUUUGAAAUUGCGUCGAGCUGAAAGAAUUCGAAGUGACCGUGCAACAACUGAGGCUAUUGAAUGGUUGAAGAAUAAUCGUUCUUCAUUCAAAAAACAUGUUUAUUUUCCAAUUUGUAUGGAAAUCGAUGUUAAAGAUACAAGAUAUGCUGAUGCUAUUGAAAAUGCAAUUGGAUAUAAUUUGAGUACAUUUGUGUGUGAAGAUGAUGAAGAUUAUCGCACUAUGACCAAUGAGUUGUGUGAUAAAAGAGGACUAAGAGUUAAUAUUGUAUGCUUUUCUCACACAAACGUCAACGAUUUUCAAUCGCCGUUAAGUGGCGAAGAGAUGAAUUUACUUGGUUUUGAUGGUUUUCUCAUAGAUCAAAUUAAAGCACCUCCAUCAAUGCUUAAUGCACUUUGUCAACUGUCUCGUCUUCAUUCCAUCCCAGUAGCAUUGGAUGAAAAAAAUAUAAACCAUAAACGAAUUGAAUCACUUAGAAAAAUUACCAAAUAUAUAAUUGGAACCACAUUAUAUACAAUAAUAUUCUCUAGAUAUGUUGAUUCAAGAGAAAAAAGCGAUAUUCAAAGAACAUUAGAAUCUAGGCAAAAUGACUUAUUAAGCAAAGAAGGUCUGCUUAGACAAUUGAAAGAACAAGAAACUACUAUUAAAUCUGAAAUUCGUAAAUUAAAGGAUUCUAAAAAUAAUUUACUUGAAGAGAAAAGAAAAGCUCAGCAAAUAGUGAGUAGUCACGCACGAGCAAGAGCUAAACUGGACCAAAAGAGAGAUGCCUUACAACGUGAAAUCGACUUGCCUGAGACAAUUAAAGAACAGGAGAUUUCUUUAAAAGAAAAACUUUGUGAAUCAGCAAGAGGGAAGGCCAGAGUUUUCGAUGAAUAUCAGUCAACAUUAAACGAAACUAUUGAAGUGUUUAUAAAUCGUAACAAAGCCAAUUUGAGUUUAAUUCAAGCUACAACAGAUCUUGGUAAUUUGGGUAGACAAAUACAAGAUAGAGAUGAUGCUUUGAGACAAGCAACCGCUAAAUUCAAUGAAGUCACGAGGAAACUGAACGAAGUAAAAAAAGAGGCUGCCCACUAUCGCCAAGAAUCAAAUAGGUUAAUAAAUAAACUUGAUGAUGCAACAAGGAAUGAGCUUCAGGAGUUGACACAAAAUAUGACACUGGAAGAAAUCGAAGACGCUAUUACUGAUGAAAGAGCAAAAGCAAAUCUUCAUCAUACUGUUGAUCCUAGAGUUGUUGAUAUGUAUGAUGAAAGACAAGCUAAAAUUGAUUCUCUUAGGUCACAAUUAGAAACAAGGAAUUCAACGUUAACAGCAUUAAAUAAUGAAAUAGCAGAGAAAAGGCAACGAUGGGAACCUAGAUUAUACGAAUUAGUUAAAAAAAUCAGUGAUAACUUUUCAGAAGCAUUUGAUAAAAUUGGAUGUGCAGGUGAAGUACGUAUUAAUGCUAAUGAAGAUUAUGAUAAAUGGGGCAUAGACAUUUUGGUAAAAUUUAGGGAUAAUGAAAAAUUACAACCAUUAACUGGUCAAAGACAAUCAGGAGGUGAAAGAUCUGUAUCAACUAUUAUGUAUUUAAUGGCAUUACAAGAAUUGGCCAAAACACCAUUUCGUGUUGUUGACGAGAUUAAUCAAGGAAUGGAUCCUAAAAAUGAACGUUUAGUUCAUCAUCAAAUGGUUCAAACUGCAUGUCGACCAAACACUUCACAAUAUUUCUUAAUAACUCCUAAACUAUUACCAGAUCUUAAUUAUCAUAAAUUUAUGAAGGUACUUUGUAUUUAUAAUGGAGAGUGGCAACCUGAAACGAUGAACUGGAAAAAAUAUAUUAAGGAACGAAGAGACUCUGCUUAA